UAAAAAUAUUCAUGAGUAUUUAGAGGUUCGAUUAUUUGAAACCAAAUUAAUAGUGCUAAGCAAAAUAAAUAUAUAAUAAUCUAAUUAAAAAAUGUACACCACCUACGACCGUGAGUUUGCCUGGCCUCAAAGGCAAUAUAAUUAUAACCUUAAAAGUCUCUACGUUCCCAUAAAUCCCACAAAAGCUUAUGAAACAUUAGAACAACAAGAGCAAGCGCUAGAGAAAGAACCGUCCGAAAAUGACGAGAAGGACAAAGUUGCCGAGUUACCAAUGCAAUUAGAAUGGACCUCAACUUUGCCGUUCGGGCAUUUAUUAGAUCGCAAACUAAUACCAAUUAACGUGACGAACGAGGAGCAACGGCGCAUUGACGAACUGGUCGAGAGCGACGAUUUCAAUUUCUUGCCAUGUCCGCAUAAAAAAGCGGAUAAAAGGAUGGAGGCUGCGGUGCGUUCUAUAUCAGCACAGACUGGUAUUGAAUAUGAUGAACUGAUGAAAGAUGUUUAUGAACAGAGAGAUCAAUGGCAUCAAACGGCUAUUGGACAAGCGGAAAUUUAUAUGAGAGAUGCUUUCGAAAGAAAGCGAAACGAUAAAUUAGUAGCAAAAGAGACGGUAUUUUGAGGUAG